ACAUUCUUAGGCUGAAUGAUGCCUUCAUAUUUAAAGUCUGUGAAGAAUGUGUGUUCAUUAGUUGAGCUCAUGUCUGUGUGUUGCUGUUUGUCUUUCCAUUGAGGGUCAAUGGGUAUCGUAUGUGCACAUGCUUCUGUUAACAGUUUCUGUCAGUAUGCCUGAAACCACUGAGUCAUUUUAGAGACAGGCAAAGACGCUGGAGGGCACUGAUAUAAGUUGGCGUUCGCUUGACCCAGUGGCAUCUACCUUCCCUCUCCCUUAAUGUCUCUCUCCUCAAUACGUAGUAUUAAAUUUUCCAAUGUCUGCCAUUUUCUCUUUCCACUUUCAACAAGGUGAGUCAGCUUCUGUUCCCUGCUCAGGUGUGUAGCAGCUCAUUGCUAAUUUAGUAUUCAUGUCUUCCAGCAAUACUCCAGCAGACAGACAGGUCAGCUGGAAAACACAGAGCUAAAGACGGACAGGCAGGGUGUAGAUCGGCCAUUUGCUGACACAGAGGAAACCAUCCAGGCAGCUACUUCUAAGGGUAUUGGCUGAAGUUCAGUAUUGGUGAAUCAGUGGCUGUAACGCAUUGAUGGGGUGCCUCCUUGAGCCUGUAUCUCCAUCUUUGCAGAGAUACUCACAAUGCAGUGGGGAGAGUCCUUUGCUAUUGAAUUAACACACAAGGAUGAAUCUGCUGAUAAAGUGAUAUUAGUGGGAUUUUCAGGCAGGCUGCACUACAGUUUGUCAUUUUUCAGGGUGUGUUUCUUCACGUCUUAAAUUUUGUCUUUAUUAUAUUGGGCCUAUAUUUUGCUUGUGAAAAAUACAGGUUAGAUUGUCCUUAUUGGUGUAUUUACAGUGUGAAGAAGCAGAAGCAAUACUUUAGAACAUUCUUUUUAUAAAAUCAACAAAGCAAUAGGCUUAACUAUUUUUACUCUAAACAGAGUAAAAGCAGAUUGGAAUAUUUUUUGGCAGCACUACUGCUAGUGAAAGUAGAGCCAGUUGUACCUAAAGUGCAGCAUGGUUAAAGAUGCCCACAAGAGAAAAGAGAUGCCUGGAUAGAGGCUCCAAGGUCCUAAGCUGAUUUGCAUCAUGGGUGAAAUUAGAUUAGAGACAAAUCCACUUUUCUGUUGGCUAUGUGCUUAAACCCCCAACAACCGGGAUAAGUCUCACAGCAGCCACUGCAGUAUCUGGGCAAAAGCAAGUUUUAGACACUUCUGUGGCUAUGGGUGAGAUUUUAAUAGGCUUUAAAAGAUAAUAUCUGGGGACAAGGAUGAUUUGUUGAUUAAAUACAAGUUAGUCUUAGUGAGUGCCAUUAACCACUAGGAGGAGCCAAGGCCACAGCUCCUCUAGGGGAAAAGUGGCUAGAAAUUAGUCCAAAACUGAUGAAACAAUGUUCUUCUGUGUUGGCACUUUUAACACAGUUGAAUAUGGUUUAUGUCUGAAGACUGCAUGCACCAUUGUGCACUCUGUAAUGGUUGUGUAUUAAAUAAUUUAUGUCUUUCUGUGCCUUCUUCGUCCCGACCCUGCCCUGUACUCCUACUCGGUGCCAAGCCUCUUUAUCUCCCAGCCUGUGCUGUUUGUCACAGCAGUCGACCAGCUCUGCCCCGUCUCCCUUUAGCUGAACCCUGGCUGCAGCGAUGGACCUCAAUCUUAAUGCCAUGAAAAAUCACAAAAAAUGCCCACUGAUUUCAAAUGCCUCACGACAUGUCAGUUUGUAAUGUUAUAACACAGGCAACACAGUUAAGAUAAUUAUAUAAUUCACAUUUAAUAAUAGUUGAAAAAUGUAACAAAUAAUUAUCAGAACUUAUCAUCCCAGGAGUUUUUUUUUGUGUUGUUUUGACUCCCAGCUGCAGCCUUGAGCUUUUGCAUCUGCUACCAGUCAGGCUAGUGUAGUUCCCGAAACCACAGUCCUAAUGUUUUUGCUUCAGCCUCAACACUCUUGGCUUAUAUCAUUAAAGAAUGUAGAUUUGUUAGACGUGCGAGUGAUCGGCUGUGCAGAUGGUAAAAUCUUCCCUUGCAUCUGACAGCUUAAAAGCACAAAAUGUUUUAAACUUUGUUGAGAGGGUUAGCCAAAUUGUUGUAGUCGCUUCUGGUUAGAUUUCAAUUUUCAGAUGUUUUCUCUUAAGCUGCAAAAGUGCAGUAGGGGGAAAUUAGAUAUGGGGUAGGAAAGGGGGGCAGUGCCUGUGCCAACCAAGCCUGUUAAGCACUGAUUUGCUACCAGGAUCAGUCGUGUGUUGCUGGCAUUAUCACUGCUGCUUAUCUUCUGGGAUGCAGGCUGGAGGCUUAGCUGGAAAUACAGACUUACUGGAAACCCUCACACAUGCAUGCGCAAGCAGUGAAGUUGUAAUAUGGUGCACCUCUUUCUGAAGACAUCCAGCACAUCCUAUUCCUUCAAUGUAGUUGCCCAACAGCUGACCAGUCAGAAAUCCUUAAUCUGGGUGCCCUGUGACACCGCUGUCCUCAAAUAUCCCAUGUCAGUAGUCUGAAAAGCAACAGCCAGAAGUUGUUGAUUGUGCAUGUGUGUUAGUGAUUUACAGUUCAGAAUCAGUUUAUUUCAUAUAAUGCUGCCACCCUGCUGCUUCACUGUCAUGUUAUUGUUACAUUUGGUAAAUAAUGGGGUUAUUGCUGUUUGAAUUCAAGACAGUAUAUGUCAGAUGAGUAGAGAAACCAUGAACUGUAAUGCCAUGACGUGUAUUGAAUUUGGUUGCUCCAGUGGGUUGGUAUUUCAGACGGAUGUGGAAAUAAAAUCUUCCAUUUGACCUUUGGUUGGUUCUUCAGACAGUCAUUGUAAAGUAUCUUAAACUUAGACCCUAGCACAGCUUAAUCACCACAUCCAGAUUAGCUAAUCAGACACAAAGAUCCACCCACUGAAAAGAAAGAAGAAAAGCAAGGAGGCAGCAAGAAGGAGGGUGUCCUUUAAGGCUUUGGAAAGAUAUACUGUGGUAAACACACCUUUUUACCUGUGGGGUGUUAGACACACACACACACACACACACACACCUCAGCUAAACGUUUUACAUAAUCCACAUGUACAUUGCAUGAUGUAUUUGUGAGGCCAUUGCUCUGACAUCUACUAUAGUCAUGUCAGCUUAAUAUUUCCAUUCUGUGUACUUAAUGUGAAUGUAUGGCUUCCCUUGGACAGACAAACACUUCUUUUCUUGGUGAUUAAGAUGUGCUGAAACAUGUUAACUAUCUAAAGGCAUGUUUGUUUAUAUCACAAGGAUGAAAUGGUAUUUUUAAGCACACAUAUUGUGUCACCCCUGUGGAUGACUUCAGGUUAACUUGGUGUAUUGUAUGUAUAGAAAUAUAAUUGGUCUAUUGAAAUACUGUAUAGAGUUAGUCUUAGACUGUCGGGACAUAUUUGCCAUGUCUGAGAAACAGACCACCGCAGCAUGGAUGAGGAGUUGUUUCAAUUCAUCAUAUGCCGCUCGUCCUCUCUGCUGUCACAUAAAGGGGCACUUAGCUUUGGUGCCAGAACACCAAGAGCGAAGCACUUAGAACCCAUUAUUAACCCAUAACAAGCCCUGAGAGGAUCGGGCAGGGCAGAGUGAGCUGUGGGUUACAGCUUUAUUCUUCUCCAUUUUAAGGCUUGUAUGUCUUCUCGCUAAUUUACUCAUUUCCACAUAGACAGCAGAUGACCAUAUAGGCAGAACUGAAUAGGGCACAGUCACUGGUAUUUCUGGCAGCAGCUAUACAUGAGUGUGUGUGUAAUUACUUAGUCAGAGGGGUGUGCAACAUCAGGAUGUGUUGAAGGUGGGAGUCUUGCUGAGGGAGAUGUGAAUCUGCCUAUGUGGACACAAGGGAACUGUGGGCACUAUACAUUUGCAUACAUGUAUGUAGUUAUAAAGUAUAUAUACAGCAGUUCCUCUGCUAAUGAACAGCACACAGAAGUGCUGCGUUUUCACAUGAUAAAUUUGAAGUCCUCAGGAACAAGGGAGUAUCUUCCUGAGUCAGUCCCCACACACACACACACACACAUAUACAUAUACACACACACACACACAUACACUUGUAAUGUGACAUUAAUGAAGCCAUUGUCCUUUGUCCAGUCCUCAUGAAUAACAGCUGACUGUCCUCUCCACUCCACUAUGGAGUGCUUCUCAAACGGGUGAUGGAUUGCUUAGAAAUCUUGUUUGUGACAAGCUUAGCUACGGUUAACACACUUGCCUUCAAGUUCGUCCACUUAGUUCUUUCCACUAUUGAUUAGUCUUGAUUGAUACUCUAAAAUUCAAAAUGCCUUUCACUAAUUUGGACAACAGCUCAGUUCUUUCUCCAGUUUACAAAACAUUCUUGACUGAGGGUGGAUCAUACAGCCAUGUCAUCUGCGUUUUUGUGCACAUUGUUGUUGUUUCCUGAAAGUAAACAUUUCACACAGCAUGGAGCCAUGGCUGAACCACUUACAGUUAGUAACCACUGUAUGUACAGUACAGUAUAGUAAUAUUUAGUGCAGAAAAAUACUGUGAAAAAUGCAGAAAUGCAAACAUUGUCCUUGGGAUUUUAGGAAUUGAUAUAGGAUCAUUCAAAUAAAGAUUGGGAUAAUUUGGAAAAUAUAUUUAUUUAAAAAAAAAUCCUGUCCUAUUUGAACACAAGGGAAUGUCAUCAUAAGAGUGGACGACACUUUCUGUAACUAUGCACAAGUGAAGACAACAUAUUACAAAUCCAGCUGGCGGCCAUAUUGCUUUUGUGAGGUAUUUUGCAUCACUUCUAGGAGCUGUCAUGUUGUCCACCUUUAUAUACAGUAUGUGAGCCAUUAUCUUUCACCCAUCACAUAGUGCAGAUUGAUUUUCUUUUGAUCGAUUCAUUGUUGUAACUCUUAAUACGGUGUUUCUGUUUCUCUAUGUUGUAUUAAAACUCUGCUUCUGUGUGCUCUAUAUAUUGAAUACAUGUCCUGGAAGAGGGACCUCUUGCUUGUUCUUUUAACGUUUCUCCCAUGUUUUCAUGGGAGGGUUAGAUGGUGUUUUGUGCUGUACAGAUUGCCAUCAGACCUGGAUUGAUUUGGGAGCAUAACCUGACAUGACUUGAAUCUGCGUUUCCCAAACUUUGAAAUUUCUGGCAAUAACAGACAACAUCUUGAAAUUUCUCCUAAGAUCUCCCACUGGUGAUCUCACAGAUUAUAUGGUUGUGUUAUUUUCUUUAUGAGACAGUGUACAAAAUAGACUUGUUACAACAUGAUUUCUCAGUGAGGCUCAGUGUGAUUCAGUAAGUAUCAGAAGACAAACAGAUGCUGGUACUAACAGCAUCUGUAGCCAUCUAUGAUUGUCCCUUCUUCAUCGCCUGUUCCCUCUGAGUCUGUCACACGAUCUGAUCUGGCCUGUUCUGUAGACUUUUGUAGUGUCUGGUGUAUGUGGGUUUCAUCCGUGGCUUUGUCUCAGGGUUUUUGUUGGAGCUUCCUGCAGGGAGCUAGCCGCCUGCCUGUGCACCGCCAUUACUUUGUGGUCUGCAGUUAUUUCUGGAUGUCAUGCUGCUAUGUUUUGUUCUCCAGCAGCUAAAAAUACUCCCUUACCUCGCUGGUCAUGGUCUUCAGCUACGUAUUGUUUUUGAUUAGGGUGUGUAAGUGAUGUUAUUGUGUUGUUUAAUACUUUGACACAAGGUUGUCGGUGCAGUGAAAGCUUUAUAGACACAUGGAGGCAUAAAACACUCAUGCAAACAGCUGCAGGGGAAGCAGCAGUUUGCUGGGACAGCUAAGGAGAUGGUGUCACCAUGUGAUGUGGAUUUGUGUGUCUGCAUUUUAUGUGCGUUUUGAGACCAGGGUCACCUUUGUCCCAGCUGUCUUAGGGGGUGCAGUCUUGGCGUGCCCCCUCAGGCUUGCACAUGCCCUCUCAGCUCUGCUCAACACAAAGCUGCAGUUUCUUCACAACCCACAUAUGCUGUACUUCACAGCACACAUGCAUGGAGGCACCCGCGCAGGCACACGACAUGCCCCACGCAGGCCAACUGCUGCCUCAAUCACACAUUUCAGCCCAGGAGGUUUGAACUUGGCCAAGCAGGACAGCGUCUUACUGUUGGUCUGGAUUAAGGAGUUCAAUGUGAUCAUCUUAAUGAAACUGGAUCAUGUUAUGAAAACAAUUAGAUGUAGAUAGAUUAGUUGAUUGAGCCUAACAAUGCUCAACUCAUCAAUGCUUGAGUUUUCAUUUGUGUCUUACUGUUUGUUUGUUAAUUGAGAUAAGUCAAACUGAGACAUUUGAUAAACGUGUCUGCCAUAUUAUCACUAUUUAAUAUUAGCAUUCCUGAAAAGAGUGAUGUGAUAUGUAGCUGUGGAAGAGGAGCAGCUCUUGACAGUUGGUUCAGCCUGGCUACAGCAGUUGCACUCAUGCACAUUUACACACACAAUUUAACCCCCCACCCCCCGCCCACACACAUACACAGAAAAAAAGUGUGGGUCCCCCCCAGGGGUGGAUGAAACCAGCCAUCUGCUGUUUGCCACAGCGCUUGCAUGGUCAGGCCUCACACGUCACAUUGAGCUCAACUUUCCUCAUAGCCCCCCCAAAAUAAACUCUGUAUAUAACUCUGUAACUCCGCCACAUUUUGCCAUCCCGUACAUUGCAUUCAAGCCCACCGUACAUCGGUCAUGGACGUAUGUGCUCUCCAGAUGGACCUUGGGAUUCUUGACUCCAUAUAGACAUAUAAACCACAUCAAAGCUAGCGGGGGAGUCUUCGGCUGCAGGCUUCUUGUCACUACUGGAACUUCAGAAGUUUAGGUUGUUUAUUCAAGAGUAGCAAAAGUACUCUGUCUGGGGGAUUAUCUCUCCCCGAUUGUCUCUCAUACAGCAUUUUGAACUCCACAGUGAAGAAGAUGGUUUAGACAAGUAGUGUAUGCCUUUUAUUUUUGCCAGGAGAAUGCACACUUGUGCUUUUCAGUCUCCAUCAUCUGAGUCUAUGUAGUCAGGCUUUUAAACAACUGCUGACCCAAUACAGCGGAAAACCACAGUGUUUCUUUGGAUACCAGGCCAGAGCAGAACAUGUACUGGGAACUGUGGCUGAGCCAGGUCACGGCCAGUGCUGCGCUACAGUGCAUACUGGUCCAGAACAAAGGUGGGCAAACCUUUUGCGUAGAUGUUCUGGAAUAGGCAAUGUAGAGCUAGAUUGUUUGAUAAUUGAGAAGUGUAUUUAGUUUAAUAUUUUUGUUGUAUAGAUCACAAAUGUUGGACAUCUCUCUGGUCUCAUACACAUGUGUGACCUGUGCCCGAUACAUAGUGUAGUCUAUCAGUGGAAAAUCCUUGUCUCAUAGGAUACUUGUCAACUUUGAAAGAUUAGAGCAAUGACACAGUUUUCAAUAUAUUGUUUGAAUUUGAAUAGAUCAGCCUUGUGUUUAAGCACAAAAAUCCUGUAUCACUCUCACUAACGCACUCAUUAUGACCGGAUGAUGAGAAGUUACAUGGCAUCUAACAUUUAUUAAGUUUGUUUUGGCAAAAAAUGUUUCAGUGCUGUAACUGCAACCACUGAAUCAGUCCAUCGUGGUUCACAGUGAAAAGACCAGGACAGCAUGAUAUUCUUACUUAGUAGUGCCUGUUUUUAAAAGCACUACUAAUAUUGCUUACAACGGGGAGUACUUCAGGAAAAAUAAACUUAUGAAUCAGCUCUACUUCAGCUCAGCUUCAGCUUAAACCUUUGCCUGAAUGUGUAGGUGUUAGCUUGUCGUGACAGCAGUUGUUGAAAACAGGAAGCAAAACCAACUGUUGUCGUCAUAGUGCCUUGUUGUCUUUUUUUGUAAAAAUAAUACAGCUAGGACACCUCUUUUUAUGAUCUGGCCAUUGUUUGGAGUUUGUUUUGCUUCUCUUGUUUUUUAAUAUGCAUAUAUAGACAAAACAAACCCACCACUCAGUGCAAUGCAUAUAGUUGGGCAUAAAACAAUACCUAAAAUAAAUCAAAGAAGAACAGAACAUUCUACAGUAUGUAACAGCUUGUCUGUUUUAAAGUUGCUUGACCUGCAGUAUUUAUUCUCCGUCCCUUCAUUUCACCAUCUUCUUCCUCCACUCACACAGCAGCUGUCCAGACAUGCAGUGACUUUGGCAGCAGCUGUUGAGUGUACUACGUAUUAGCUACGCAUGUUCAUAAUUGUGUGGCUGUGGGUGUGUAUUAUGUAGUCACUGCAUCCUGUGUGGAAAGGGAACCUUUUCUAUCCCUUAUGCUCACCGUAUAAACAAACACACACAAAGUACUCCCACCUCACAUCUCACCUGGCUCGGGCUGGGCAGCAAUAGUACUGCUCUACAGAGAGUGGACUGCUCUAAGUUAUGCCUCUGAGGUGCCUGCAGGCAAGCAACAGUUUUGAGGAAGAGUGGACGGCUUUGAGCAGCCGUCAUCACCGCACAGGAUUAAGACAAGGGACUAAGCCUGGACAUACAGCUCUCCACCGGCCAUUUGGCCUGGACUCAGCGGCACUAACGGAGGCGGUGCGCUGGAGUUCCAAGGAGAACCUGCUGGGGGCGGCUGAGAGCGACCCCAAUCUCUUUGUUGCACUUUAUGACUUUGUCGCCAGCGGAGACAACACACUCAGCAUCACCAAAGGUGAGAAGCUGUGUGUGCUGGGCUACAACCAGAAUAGAGAGUGGAGUGAAGUGCGAUCUAAAAACGGCCAGGGUUGGGUUCCCUCCAACUACAUCACACCAGUCAACAGUCUGGAAAAGCACAGCUGGUAUCAUGGGCCUGUUUCUCGCAGCGCUGCAGAGUACCUGCUCUCAUCCCUCAUCAAUGGGAGUUUUCUGGUGCGGGAAAGUGAGAGCAGCCCCGGACAGCUUUCCAUAUCUCUGCGCUACGAGGGGAGAGUCUACCACUACCGGAUCAACACAGGCUCUGAUGGAAAGGUGUAUGUGACAUCUGAGAGUCGUUUUGCUACCCUCGCCGAGCUGGUCCACCACCACUCCACUGUCGCAGAUGGCCUGGUCACCACACUGCACUACCCAGCACCCAAAUGUAACAAGCCCACAGUGUACGGUGUGUCACCCAUCCAUGAUAAGUGGGAGAUGGAGCGCACUGACAUCACAAUGAAGCACAAGCUGGGGGGAGGCCAGUAUGGGGAAGUCUACGUGGGAGUGUGGAAGAAGUAUAACCUCACAGUAGCAGUCAAAACGCUCAAGGAGGACACCAUGGAAGUUGAAGAGUUUCUGAAAGAGGCGGCAGUUAUGAAGGAGGUUAAGCACCCAAACCUUGUUCAGCUACUAGGUGUAUGUACGUUGGAGCCUCCGUUCUACAUUGUAACUGAAUACAUGCCACACGGCAACCUACUGGAUUAUUUGAGGGACUGUGACAAGGAGGAGGUGAACGCUGUGGUGCUGCUCUACAUGGCCACACAGAUCUCCUCUGCCAUGGAAUACUUGGAAAAAAAGAACUUCAUACACAGGGAUCUUGCAGCGAGGAACUGUCUGGUUGGGGAGAAUCAUGUUGUGAAGGUUGCAGACUUUGGCCUGAGCAGGUUGAUGACAGGUGACACCUACACUGCCCACGCUGGGGCCAAGUUCCCUAUCAAAUGGACUGCACCAGAGAGCCUCGCAUACAACACCUUCUCUAUCAAAUCUGAUGUCUGGGCAUUUGGAGUGCUAUUGUGGGAGAUUGCCACCUAUGGAAUGUCUCCAUAUCCUGGCAUCGAUCUGUCUCAGGUCUAUGACCUCCUGGAGAAGGGCUAUCGUAUGGAACAGCCUGAGGGAUGUCCACCCAAAGUCUAUGAACUCAUGAGAGCAUGCUGGCAGUGGAGCCCAUUAGACCGGCCUUCGUUUGCAGAGAUCCACCAAGCCUUUGAAACAAUGUUCCACGACUCCAGCAUCUCUGAAGAGGUAGCAGAGGAGCUCUGUAAGACGGCCUCCUCUGGUCACUGUGGACCACUGCACUCUUUCAGUCAUGACAUGCCCCAGUUACCUUCCAAAUCUCGCACAAUCCACAAGCACACAGAAAACAAGGAAAACAUCGAGAGCGGACUGGACGGGCGCACCGACCACGGCACGCACAGUCACUCAGGCCGGGCUUCUUUGCUUGGAGGGGACGGUCGAUCAAGCAGCUCCCCAGCUCUGCCCAGAAAGCAGCAGCCACGAGAUAAAUCUCCCAACAGCCUUUUAGAGGACGCACAGGAUAUGGGCACGUUUACACGAGACCGCAAAACUGGCUUUUUUAGUUCCUUCAUUAAGAAAAAAUCUUCCUCCUCUGCUUCCUCAACAUCCUCUCAGCUGCAGCAGAACCUCCCAACACCACCGAAGAGGAGUAGUUCCUUCCGGGAGAUGGAAACACAGCCUCACAAGAAAUAUGAACCCACUGCUGAUUUCAGCGCUCCUCCUCCUCUGCCCCAGUUGGACAGCUUAGGGGGCUUCUCUGCCUCUCCUUCCCACUCCCAUGGAGAAGCCACCCAGGCUCAGUCACGUUGCUGUGGGGCUGCUUUUGGACAGAAACCCUCUGGUGGAGGCCUUGGUUCACAGGUGGCUGGUGGUAGCAGUUGGAGUGGGUUGGCUGGCUUUUUUACCCCUAGACUCAUCAAAAAGACCCUGGGGCUAAGGACAGGAAAGACAGCCUCCUCGGAGGAGGGUGGAAGUAUAGUUGCAGGGCCUAAACCCUUCCCUCGGUCCAAUUCUACCUCCUCUAUGUCAUCUGGGCUGCCAGACUUGGAGCGCAUGGCUCUGACUUUGCCCAGGAACCGUAGUGCAAAACCCCCUCUGGAAAGAACUGCCUCCACAACCUCCCAGCCAGAGAAUGGGGCUGCACGGCCCUCAGAAACUCUGCUGAGGAGGAUGGAUGAGGGGACCGCACAGAUCAGGGAAAGGCCCAAAGCCAAGCUACUACCCCGGGGCACUGCUGUAGGGGUGAGGGCACCAGGGGUUGGGGGUGAAGUGGGGGAAUCGGACAGUCUGUCUCGGGUCAGGGAGGAUAGAGAGGAGAGUGGGGGAGGCCUGGACAGGCAGCACAGUUGGUCAUCUCCUUCUAAGACUUCUAGUUCAAAUGCUUCAUUGGCUGCAGCAAGUGCACCAACUCACAACCACAAAGUGCCAGUCCUGAUCUCCCCCACGCUGAAGCACAGCCCAGCUGAUGUGCAUCUGGUCGGACUAGACUCUCAGGGGAACCGUUUCAAACUGCUGUCUGAACACCAAGCAGACAGGGACAGGCCACGACUUGUAAAACCUAAGUGUGCUCCUCCUCCGCCUCCCACUCUACGCAGCCUGCAGCACUCCUACAGCGGUGAUGGAGAGGAGCAGACAGGAGGAGUGUCCGUAGAAGUGAAUGGAGACACAUUAAGAGGCCACAGGUCAGGGCGAAUGUCAGGAGGAGCGACAACGGGUAGACCUUCAGUGCCACCACCACAAGUGCCUCCUUCAUGUUCCUCCUCUUGUUCUGCCACCAACAACACAACUCCCAUCAAAAUGGCUAAUGGAGCUGCCACCACUGCCUCCUCCUCCUUACACACAGCACAAUCUGCUGGUUCCAAAGUGGCACUGCGACGAACUAGGCAGCAGGCAGAAAGGGUGCCCCAGGAGCGAGUCAGCCGUGAGGCCCUGCUGGAGUGUGCCGAGUGCCUGAGCAGCGUUCUCCAUGCCAGCUCCGAAAGCCCCUCCAGCAGUCAGGUGCUGGACGCUGGCCACCAGCUGCUAGACUGCUGCUCAGGUUACGUGGACUGCAUCCCACAGAUGAGGAAUAAAUUUGCCUUCCGAGCGGCUGUGGGGAAGCUGGAGCUCAGCCUGCAGGAACUGAGGGCUUCAUCUUCAGGAGGCGGCGGGCUCAGUAUUGUGGGGCCCAACACUGUACUGGACAACCUGCACAGCUGUAUUAAAGAGAUUAGUGAUGUAGUGCAGAGGUAGCCACUGUGACACCGUCUGUCAUCCCCUAAACACACGACAGAUCGCUUGUAUUCCCUUUUUUAUGUUUCUGGUUCUGUUGACAGCUUUUUGGGGGACGAAAUGAGUUAAAUCUCUAAAGUACCUCAGAGAAAUCAUCACAAAAUGUAAUUUUUUAAAUUGUUUACAUACAACUGUUUCAUAAAAUGUCAUUAUGGACACUAACUUUGCUCUGACCUGUACAUACUGAGAAAUGUUUAUACCAGAAUAAUUGUGGAUUAAGUCACCCCAUGUUUCGCCACAAGUCUCCACCAGGCCAUGAUGAUAAAGGCCUUCUUGUUAAAUGAAUGUCAAGCUUACCAGCUCUGUGUAGCCCGCCCAGAGUGUAGGUAACACUCACUUUUUGUACCUGUCGGUCUGUCACAUUACUGAGUGAGAAUAAUGGAGGUUUUGCUAAGCCUUACGGAGAGUAAUGGGUAACUGUUUUCACUGACCUUAUGCUCAAACAGUGUUUCACAGUUAUGCGGAUAAUGAAUAAUUUGCCCAGUGUCUCUGGAAUUAAGUGACCAUAAGCCAUUUGGAAAGCCAUUGUAAUGUAAAGGAUUGGUAUAGAAGAGGAUCAGGACCACUCUACAGAAUUUGAGUUCUGACUUCUCACAUUUUUCUCACAAUUCUGAUACCCCUACCAAAUAAAUUAUCAUACAGAAGCUCUAAUCCUCUUCUGUAGAUUGGAAAUGCAUCAUCAGAUUUCAAAGUGCUAGGUUUUGGCAUUUCAGUUUGACAUUCUUAUUUCAUGCUUCUUUUUUUUGUAUGAGACUUUUUUGUGCAUUAGUUUUAUUUGCUUUAACAAAUUGCAACUAACAGUAUUUUUCAUUAGUUGGACAAAAGUCAUAGAAUUAUGAAUCUCCCCAAAAGCUGGUUAUGGGGUUAAAUCAUUUUUAUUAAAUAAUCAGCUAUUUUGACAGUGACAUUCCCAUGAGGUGAGACCAUUAAAAGCAACUAAAGGGAUCACUGACAUCAUCGAAACGCGUUUGUGUGAUGAUAAGCUCACAUGAAACUUCAAGUUUUAUUAAUACCAAAAACAGGCUAAUGAAAUCUAAAAAGAAAACAGGCUUAUAUAAACCCUUUUUAUCCCCCAACUGAAUGAAUGUGGUGUUUCUUAUAUGCACAGCAUUUGUGUUCACUUCAGUGACGUGACCAAUUUUCACACCUUAACACAGUGCCACGUAAAUGGGGACAAAACCCCAGUGUCCUAAAGCAUUUCAAUAUUUGUCCAGUUAUUCUUGCACAUUGCAUUUCUUUUUUGUAUGAUUGCGAGUAAGAGAGUGACGUGAGGGGCAGAAGAGCACAGGGUAGUGAGCAGGUGAAGUGGGACAGUAUUUCUAUAAGUGUCCUUCUGAGUAUGGACAGUGCUGGAUUCCCCUGUAGACUUGUCAUGGCCUCAGUGCCUCAAAUGCUUCAAUGUAUGAACACUGCAAAAACACAAAGACCUGCUUCACAGUAAUCACACAGUACUGAUCACCUAACAAACAAAC